AUUCCCUCUAUUGUACAGGCAGACAAUGAAGGCCGUGGGUUGAGUGUUUAAAAAGGAUGGAUGCACGCAGACACCAAACCAGCCUGGACAGAGACAGCAACCAACAGAGUUGAGUUUUAGGAGGACUGUGCUAUCCCAGACUUCCCCUCGAUGCUGUACACUCUAGCAGGAGGGGGCACACUCUGUGGUGUGGCCGCCCUCGUGCUCCUCAUUGUUUCUACGGCGACUGACUUCUGGAUGCAGUACCGCUACUCAGGUGCCAUGGCCAACCAGGGCCUCUGGAGGUUCUGCAUCAAUCACAAGUGCCACGCCCACACCAUCACUGUGGCCUUCUGGGAUGCCACAAGGGCCUUCAUGCUGUUGUCUGUACUGAGCUGUUUCGCUGGUGUGGUGCUGGGUCUGAGCGCCUUCGUCAACGGAACCAAGGGCAAGAGGGUCCGGACAGGGGGCAUCGCUCUGCUGCUGUCAGGUUUCCUUGCUCUGUUAGCACUGGCCAUCUACACUGGUGUGACCGUUAACUUCUUUGGCAAGCGCUUCCUUGAUUGGCGAUUCUCCUGGUCCUAUAUAAUAGGUUGGGUGGCCAUCAUCUUAUCUUUUUCUGCUGGUGUGUUUCAACUCUGUGCCUACCAGACGAACAUUGCAGAACAGCCUCCUCCCAACAUCCAAGAAAGCUAAAUGGAAAAUAUUUCUCCCCACUAAAAAAAA